AUGCGGUCGGCGAUACGGGUGCUGACGUCGGCACGAAAGAGGCUUCCUCCUGGCAGCGUUAGCGAUGGUAGUGAAAUCGCGUUGGGCACGACAUCAAGUUCGACAGAGCCGUUGGACAGAUCGAUCCGCUCAGGGGGUCUUCUGCAUCAGAAAUCUCGCCUAUCCCUUCCAAUUGUCACGAGUUUGACUCAUCGAACGCGUAUGACACGUCAAUCCGUACGUAUCAGGAAGAAACAUGCCAGACUUCGUACCAUCAAGAAAGUGGGAGACAGAUACGCUGUCAUCCAGCGAACUGGAUCCGAUUCAACGCCUACUCCAGACACAUGGACCUGGUACGCCGAGCCCUGUUUCAGAAACAUUAUCAUCUCGAGCCUGGCUGGAGACAUUCGCUUCCGUAGAUCAGACAACACCAGCUUAGCGAGAGAGAAGAAGCGCUCACACUCGUUAGACGUUGGCGGGAUGUACGCGACGUCGACGUAG